AUGGCCGCUGUGCUGUAUGCCGUGUUGUUCUGCUUGCUGCAUACGGUCUAUGGCCUCUGCAAAUAUAUAUGUACUCUUGUGCAAACGGCGCCGUAUCGGAUUCGGUGCCUCAACGAUGUGCUGCCUUCGUUGGAUCGGUACCGCAAGCCCACGCAUCUCGCUGUGGUAUUCGUAUGGGAAACACAUCAGACAGCGCUAGGCGCGUCUCCUACGCAUAUGCGCCAGCAAGUGCACAAAGCCAUGCUUGACGUAUACCGUCUUGUCGAGUGGUGCGCUGCAGCGGGGAUAGCUGAGCUGAGUGUAUACGAUGAACAAGGACUCUUACGUGAGGCGGCGCAAGCGCUUUCUCCGUCAGCCUCCCCUGCGCUCAUGGACGUACAUAUGGGACUGGAUACGCAAGGGCAGUACCCUCCGCCGUUUGCGUACUCUCCAUCACCAAGCGCACUAUGUGACAAGGCGCUGCAUCAACCGCACGUACGUGUCAAUGUGCUAUCCGCGCGCGACGAUAAACCUGCGUUGGUGCAGGCUGUCAAUACCCUACCUACGAUACCCAUUACCUCCUCGCACAUUUCAUCAGCGCUUCAUCACGCCGGUGCUAUGGCCACGGAGCCUGACGUGCUCAUGGUCUGUGAUCCUUGCAUUCGCCCCCCGGAACUACACGGCUUUCCCUGCUGGUGCCUCCGACUUACGACCAUCGGCUCCCUCCCAUCUUGGGCUCACACCCGAGAAUGGAUGCCAACACAUUUCCUAGAUACCCUGCGACUAUAUACAAUGGCGGAGCAGCGCCAUGGCGCGUAG